CAGGCGGAUUUAGUAUGAAUCCUGGAGGACUUGGUGGUGGCAUGGGUGCGUUCGGUGUGGGAGGAAUGGGUGGUACAAGUGGAUUUGGAUGGUAA